UCUUCACUCCCCCAGAUCUCAACCCCCAUUUAGCCAAAUACUCAAACUAUAGCUCAAUAGCAACCCCAUUAUAUUUUCUUGAAAUUCUAUUGGGUAUUUAGUAUACUAAGUUGUAUCAAGAUUCAUAAAAAUUGAAUCUUUACACUGUGUUAAGUUGCUAGAAGCAUUGUAAUGGUGGAGGCACAGUCAUGGACUACAAGAAGGGGAAGCAAUCCAAGAUUGGAGUCACCCCAAGAUCAAGUCUUGGAUAUGCCAGUAACCCCAACUGCUGAAAUCAGGCAGCAACAGUAUUCUAAUGGUGGGAUAACUUCUUUGGUGUCACCAAAUGUACUUACUGCUCUUAUAAUUGCUUCUUGGUACUGUUCAAAUAUUGGGGUGUUGUUGCUAAACAAGUAUCUUUUAAGUUUUUAUGGUUAUCGUUACCCAAUAUUCUUGACUAUGUUGCAUAUGUUGUCAUGUGCUACUUAUAGUUUAGUUGCUAUUAAGUGGCUGGAAGUUGUUCCUUUCCAGCAGAUACAUAGCAGGAAACAGUUCUUCAAGAUUCUUGCUUUGAGUGCUAUUUUUUGUUUUUCUGUUGUGUGUGGUAAUACUUCAUUGAGGUACCUUCCUGUAUCGUUUAAUCAAGCAAUUGGUGCUACUACCCCAUUUUUUACUGCUAUUUUUGCUUUUGUGAUUACUUGUAAGAAAGAAACUGCUGAGGUUUAUUUAGCUCUUGUCCCUGUGGUUCUUGGUAUUGUUUUGGCUAGCAAUAGUGAGCCAUUGUUCCAUUUGUUUGGGUUCUUGAUGGCUUUAGGUUCAACUGCUGGGAGAGCCUUGAAAUCUGUUGUUCAGGGGUUGUUGUUAUCCUCUGAUGCUGAGAAAUUACACUCCAUGAAUCUGUUAUUAUACAUGGCUCCAAUGGCAGCAAUGAUUUUGCUUCCUUUUACACUAUACAUAGAGGGGAAUGUAGCAGCAGUUACGGUGGAGAAAGCUAAGGGAGAUGGAUUUAUGGUUUUCUUGUUGAUUGGUAAUGCCACAGUUGCUUAUUUGGUGAACUUAACUAAUUUCUUGGUUACUAAGCAUACAAGUGCCUUGACACUGCAAGUUUUGGGGAAUGCUAAGGCUGCAGUGGCUGCAGUGGUGUCAGUUUUGAUAUUCAGGAAUCCAGUGAACAUCAUGGGCAUAACAGGAUUUGCUGUGACUGUAAUGGGUGUGGUGCUUUACAGUGAGGCAAAGAAGAGAUCUAAAGUAACAGCACACUGAUGAUAGCUUGAAAGAUUCAAUCUUGAUGAUGCCACACAAAGGUACAAUUUUUUUUUUUGGUCUAAUUAGAAUUCAUUCUGGUUGGGGAUGUUAAGUGGUUGGAUUGUAUUCCACUGUAUAGGAAGAAAGAUGGGGUAAAGUGGAAAAAGGUUUAUGUGCUAUGCUUUUUUUCCUCUAUAUAAUUGUUCUUGAUUGGGGGUGGUUUAAAGAGAAUAAAGUUGUCUCUUUUACUUUUCCCCUUUCUGUAAUUUUAUACUCCUUUGAUGCAACUACAACAAAGAAAGACUGAUUCUUUCGAUAUUGUUCUCUAUGUGUAAUAUUUUGGUGGGAGAAUUGUCCUCCCAAUAUAUUUUGUCCAAACUCAAGUUUACUUUCCUA